GUUCAUAUCAAGUUUGUGGAGUACUUGUUUUUGCAGUGUCUGUAAUUUGCUGCUUCCAUGGCUACUCUUUCCGGCUGGGUCGUCUCAACACUUCUCUUUGCAUUGUUUCUUGCAAAGUUUGAGCUCUCAUAUGGCCAAGUUCUGAAAGCCAAAGUCACUUGCCUUGAUUGCCACAAGAAUUAUGAUUUUUCAGGAAUUAAGGUUUUAGUGAAGUGUGACCAAGUGAAGAAGCUGGCUACGGCAACCACAGAAGCUGAUGGAUCUUUCGAGGUUAAGCUUCCAUCUGACGAUUCGAAAUCUCCAGCAUCUCUUCACUGCCUUGCCAAGAUUCUUGGAGGUACAAAGCAGCUCUAUGUCUCAAGGAAGGUCGUGGCAUCAAAGAUUCUGAAGACUCAUGACUCUAAUUCCUAUACCAUUUCAACUCCUCUUAGUUUCUUCACAUCAUGCCCCUUGAGUAUCGAAGAUCAGGCGGCUUGUAAAGCCAAGAACGAGGUCGGUUCAUCCAAGACAUUCAAUCUGCCUCUUCCACCAGAAUGGGGUUUGGCACCUUCUAGCUUCUAUGUUCCUUUCUUCCCUAUCAUAGGCAUACCCUAAGUAAAAAUGCUUGUGAUAUAGUAACAUGGGGCAUCUAGUCCGCUCAUAUCUUAUAUAGCCAGUACCAUCAAACCAGGCUACGUCGUCCUGUCUUAGUUGUUUUCUAUGGGUUGUUGCUUUCGUUUUGAGUGUGUUUUUCAUUUAGAAGAAGUAGCCAGCUAGUACUGGAUGGAAGCAGAGAAAGUUAUGUUUCUCCCCUAUAGCCAUCAAAUCCAUAUAUAUGAUGAUUAUUACACCUAGUGUGUCUUCUUGUUGUAUAAAUAAUGAAGUGAUUUUAUUUAUUUUACUUG